GAGAAGUUGCACAGCGCGAGAGAGAAAAACACGAAGAUAUAUAAUAGCGAAGAGAAGAAGCGCCAGAUACAAAGUUUUUUUUUUUUCCUUUUUCUCUUUAUAUCGAUUUGUCAAACAGAGUCUCUGAAAAACACGCGAUUCUCUUUCUCUCGAAGCCGUACUUCUGUCUGCGCUUCUCGAUCUUCGCUCGCUCAGCCUUUUUCUUCCUAUUCGCAUCGUCUGCGAUUCUCUCUUCGAUCCGCGCCUUUCAUUUUCUCCUUCAUUUCGCGGUAAUUUUCUCUUCCUUGCUCUCCCGCGUUGCGCUUUUCCACUCUUCUCUUUCGAUUAUUUAACGCACGCGCGGAGCUUCGCUUGCGUGCGUUUUUGCCGUUCGCGAAUGCGUCGGAGGUUGCUCGCGUUCCGAUAAAACCCUACAUUUGCUUUGGUUGUGACGUAUUUGUUUUCCCUUCGUGGAUUUUUGGGAUUUAGGGUUUUGAAUUGGAGCUUCGGGAUUGCGGAGAGGCGAAGCGUGUGCAGCAUGAGCAUUGACAGCCCCGGCGGAGUGCAGGAUUAGGGUUUCGUGGUUUUUUUUUCGAAGGUUGGGAUUUUCCAUGGGCGAUGGAGGCGUGGCGUGUAUGCCUUUGCAGCAGCAGCAGCAUGUUAUUGAGAGGUUGCCGAAUGCGGCGGAGAAGUCGCUUUGCGGAGGCAAGAGUGGGAAUGGGUUCAGUUCUGGAUUGCUCAAGGUUGCUGGCAAGAGGAAGAAGAAAAAGGUAAAGGUGAAGAAGAAAGUGGCACCUGCUGUGAAGAAGGUGGUGAAGGGUGAAUUGGCAUCGGACAGUGUGAGCGGCGAGGGCGGGGAGGAUGUUGAGAGUGGGGAAGUGUGUGGGGAAAUGGAAGAGGGUGAACUGGGGACCUUGAAGUGGCCCGGGUGUGAGCUGGAGAAUGGAGAGUUUGUGCCGGAGAAGCUGGCACUGCCUGCACGGAGAAGUGAAAUUGAGAGUGGGGAGAUUGUGAGUGAGAGAUGGAAGAAAGGGGAGGCGGAGAGGGGGGAGUUUGUUUGUGGAAAAUGGAGAAAGGAGGAUGUGGAGAAAGGGGAGAUAGUUGCUGAGAAGGGUAGGAAAGGAGAAACUGAGAAAGGGGAAUAUGGGUCAUGGAGAGGUGGAGUUAAGGAUGAUAUUGAGAAGGGAGAAUUCAUUCCAGAUAGGUGGCAUAGGGGAGACACGGGGAGGGAUGAUUAUGGUUACCCUAGACCCCGAAGGUACCUGCCGGGUAGGGAUAAAGGGUGGAAAAGUGAAUGGGAACAUGCACCACCUUCAGGAAGACAUACAGGUGAUGAGUAUUUCAGGAAGAAGGAAUUGAAUAGAAAUGGAUGUCAGCAUGCUAAAAGUGCUCCCAGGUGGGAGAGUGGGCAAGAAAGAAAUAUAAGGAUCAGUUCAAAGAUUGUGGACGAGGAGAAAAAUGAACACAAUAAUAGUAGGACCCAUUUGCGGGAUUACACCUCUGGAAGUCGGUUGAAGAGGCAUGGUAAUGAAUCAGAAAGCUGUGAGCGGAACUAUGCAGAUUAUACUGGUUUAAAAAGUCGAAGGCUUACUGAUGAUAGCUCGCGCCAUGCUUAUUCAGAGCACUAUUCUCGUCUCUCCAUGGAAAGAUCUUAUAGAAAUAGUUCUUCAAAAUCAUCAGCAGACAAGUAUUCUUCUAGGCAUUAUGAGUCUUCUUUGCCUAACAGAUCAGUUUAUGACAAGCAUGGACGCAGCCCUAGUCAUUCUGAGCGAUCCCCACAUGAUCGGGCCAGGUAUUAUGAUUAUAAGGAUCGCACUCCUGUACGUCGUUCACCCUACAGCCGUGAGAAAUCUCCAUAUAGCCGUGACAAAUCUCCACAUGGUCGGGAGAGAUCCCCAUAUAAUAGGAAUUGGGAUAGAAGUCGUCACCACGAUCAUAAAAUAAGAAGUCCUACUCAUGCUGAGUGGUCCCCACAAGAUCGAGGUCGACAUCAUGAUCGGAGGGACCAUACUCCAAAUUUAAUGGAGAAAUCCCCACAUGAUCAAACUAGGCCAAACAUUCAUCAAGAAUUAAGCAGUAAAUCCUUAUCAAGUGAUAAACAUAACUCACAACAUAGUUGUAAGGAUCAUGAAGAUAACGAGGACAUCCAAAAGGAGUCAAAUCUUUCUGAUAUAGAAUCUCAAGGUGAAAGAAAUGUGCAUAAUGCCAGCAAGUCUAUUGAGAAAGAUGUCUGCAGUGAACCUGAAAAGGAACAACACUCCUGUAGUCCGAUUGUAAGCAGCAAAGACUCUCCUUGCUUGGAGCCAUCACCUGAGGAGCUACCUUCUAUGGAAGAAGAUAUGGACAUAUGUGAUACUCCACCACAUGUCCCUUUGGUGGUGGAUUCGUCAUCAGGGAAAUGGUUUUACCUUGAUUAUGAUGGUGUAGAACAUGGACCUUCUAAGUUAUCUGACAUCAAGGUCCUUGUUGGUGAUGGUGUGCUAAUGUCAGAUCACUUUAUUAAGCACAUAGAUAGUGACAGGUGGCUAACUGUUGAAAAUGCAGUAUCACCGUUAGCUGCUCAGAGUUUUCUAUCAGUUGUGUCCGACACCACAACCCAGUUGGUAAACCCUCCAGAAGCUCCUGGUAAUCUUUUGGCUGAUACUGGAGAUAUUCUUCAAUCCGGUCCUGAGAAUUAUCAGGGAAUCCCUGCCCCUUUUCUGCAGCCAAUGUUAUGCUCUGAAGACAGUGGGAUUGCAUCUGACUUGUUGGAGGACCUCCACAUUGAUGAAAGGGUUGAUGUUCUGUUAGACGGUUAUGAUGUUAUUCCUGGAAAGGAGUUUGAGGCAAUAAAAGAAGCCUUGCAAAUGAACUCUGAAUACGCAAAAUGGGAGGGAUUGGGAGAGUAUGAAGGGUUUCCUUUGCAUGAUACUUGCCUGAGGAUAGAACAUGAUUCAAGAAUUGAUUCAUCAACUGAAUAUGAGUCUCAGGUAAGUAUACCCUCUGACAACAACAAUGGAUUUACACUUGGUGUUCCUGGUGAUUGGUUUUCUUCUCAAUGGUCAUGCAAAGGUGGUGACUGGAAGAGGAAUGACGAUGCCCAAGAUAGAUAUUGUAAUAAAAAACUUGUCCUUAAUGAUGGGUUUUCAUUAUGUCAAAUGCCCAAAUCUGGAUGUGAAGAUCCUCGUUGGACUCAAAAAGAUGACUUGUAUUAUCCUUCUCACAGUAGGAAGCUUGAUCUUCCUCUUUGGGCUUUUUGUGCUGAUGAGAGGGUUGACUGCAGUGCUGUGAGCAAACCAGUUCAAACUAAGAUAGCUUCUAUUAGAGGAGUGAAAGGAAAUAUUCUUUCAGUGGUAAGGAUAAAUGCUUGUGUAGCCAAGGACCAGGGAUUAUUGGUCUCAGAGUCACGUCAAAAGACCCGAGGCAAGGAUAAAUAUCAUUCAAGGUCAACUCGGCCUUUCUCUUCAACCAGUGACAGCAAGAGAUCAUCAACUGAAAAAGAUUCUCAUUCAAAAGCUUUUAAUGAUCAACGUUCUCAAGGCUCUUGUAGGAGCAUGGAUUUCAUUAAUAUUCCUAAAGACCAUCUUUCUACUGUUCAUGACUUACAAUUACAUUUGGGCGAUUGGUAUUAUCUUGAUGGUUCUGGGCGUGAAAGAGGGCCUUCAUCUUUUUCAGAUCUACAAUGUUUAGUAGACCAAGGAAUUGUAAAAAAGUAUAGCAGUGUGUUCAGGAAAUGUGAUAAACUCUGGGUCCCUGUUACCUCUUCUGCUGAAACAUAUGAUGUCAGUCUAAGAAUGCAGCAAGAAAGUGGUACAGUGUCUGGUGAAUUUUCUGGACAUCCAUCAAAGCAGAUUCAUUGUGCUUCAUAUGGUGAACCUGACUCAAAGUCAAAUUUGUUUAACAGCCUUCACCCUCAGUUUGUUGGUUAUACUCGUGGGAAGCUACAUGAAUUAGUGAUGAGAUCAUAUAAGAGCCGGGAAUUCACUGCUGUUAUAAAUGAGGUUUUAGAUCCCUGGAUCAAUGCAAGACAGCCAAAGAAAGAAAUUGAGAAACAGAUAUAUUGGAAAUCUGAAGGUGAUGGACAUGCUUCCAAAAGAGCUCGGAUGCUGGUUGAUGACAGUGAAGAAGAUAGUGAUUUUGAAGAUGGCAGCCUGACAAUUGAGAAAAAUGAAUCCACUUUUGAAGCUCUAUGUGGUGAUGCUACUUUCUCUGGGGAAGGAAGUGGCAUUACUGAUUCCAUGGUUGGAAGCUGGGGUUUAUUGGAAGGUCGUUUAUUGGCACGAGUAUUCCACUGUUUGAGGUCUGAUCUGAAGUCACUUGUCUUUGCAUCAAUGACUUGCAAGCAUUGGAGAGCUACUGUAAGGUCUUACAAAGUGGUCUCAAGGCAUGUUAAUUUGUCAUCGUUGGGUCAUUCUUGCACUGAUUCCAUAAUGUGGAACAUUUUGAAUGCUUAUGUAAAAGACAAGAUUGAAUCUAUGGUUCUAAUGGGUUGCACCAAUGUUUCUGCUGGCAUGCUUGAGAAAAUUCUUCUUUCAUUUCCUGGUUUAACUACAGUAGACAUUAGAGGGUGCAGCCAGUUUGUAGAGCUGACUCCUAAAUUUACCAAUGUGAAAUGGAUCAAGAGCCGGGGUUCACGCUUAACCAAAAUUGCAGAGGAGCCACAUAAAAUCAGAAGCCUUAAACAGAUUGUUGAUCAAACUUCAUCUCUUUCCAAGGUCAGCAGUUUUUGUAUUAGGGAUGAUUUUGGUGAGUUGUCAGAUUAUUUUGAUAGUGUGGAUAAGCGAGACACAAAGCAAUUUUUCCGUCAAAAUUUGUACAAGCGGUCAAAAUUAUAUGAUGCUAGAAAGUCCUCUUCCAUUCUAUCUAGAGAUGCGCGUACAAGACGAUGGUCAAUUAAGAAAUCUGAAAAUGGUUACAAGAUGAUGGAGCAAUUUCUUGCUUCAAGACUGAGGGAAAUUAUGAAGGCAAACUCCUGUGACUUUUUUAUGCCUAAGGUUGCAGAAAUUGAGGCUAAAAUGAAAAAUGGUUAUUACAGUGGGCAUGGGUUGAGCUAUGUCAAGGAGGACAUCAGUAGAAUGUGUCGGGAUGCAAUAAAAGCAAAGAAUCGAGGUGAUGCUGGUGAUAUGAAUCAUGUUAUCACAUUAUUUAUUCAGCUUGCAUCACGGUUGGAAGGUAAUUCCAAGUAUGUGAACGACAGAGAUGCACUAAUGAAGAUGUGGGGAAAAGACCCACCAUCAACUCUCUGUUCUACUUCCUCUAAGUACAAGAAGAAUAGAUUGGUAUCUGAGAGGAAGCAUAGGAAUAAUGAAACACUAGGUGGUUUGGAUAAUAAUGGGGAAUAUGCUUCUGAUAGAGAAAUUAGGAGGCGUUUAUACAAGUUGAAUAAGAAAUUUUUGGACUCAGAGAGUGAGACAUCUGAUGACUUUGAUAGAUCAUCCGAAGAUGGAAAGAGUGAUAGCGAUGCUGAAACUGCUGAUACUGAAAGUGACCAAGAUGUCCGUUCAGAUAGUCGAAUUGGGGAGUCAAGGGGAGAUGGAUGUUUCACACCUGAUAAUGGGUUAGAUUUUAUCACUGAUGAGCGUGAAUGGGGGGCUCGCAUGACGAAAGCAAGCUUGGUUCCUCCUGUUACUCGGAAGUAUGAUGUCAUUGAUCAGUAUAUUAUUGUAGCUGAUGAGGAGGAUGUGCAAAGGAAGAUGCGGGUUUCAUUACCAGAUGACUAUGCAGAGAAGCUGAGUGCGCAAAAGAAUGGCAUUGAGGAGUCUGACAUGGAACUGCCUGAAGUCAAGGAUUACAAACCUAGAAAACAGCUUGAAAAUGAGGUCAUUGAGCAAGAAGUUUAUGGAAUUGAUCCCUAUACGCACAAUCUUUUACUUGAUUCUAUGCCAGAGGAGUUGGAUUGGUCUCUACAAGAGAAGCAUUUGUUUAUUGAAGACAAGAUCCUUCGGAUGUUGAAUAAGCAAGUUAGGUAUUUAACUGGAACUGGAAACACUCCAAUGAGCUACCCUUUGCAGCCUGUUAUUGAGGAAAUUGAAAGGUAUGCAGAGGAGCACUGUGAUGCGAGAACAGUGAGAAUGUGUCAAGGUAUCUUAAAAGCCAUAGAAGGUCGUCUGGAUGAUAAAUAUGUAGCUUACAGAAAGGGGCUUGGUGUUGUUUGCGACAAGGCAGAAGGCUUUGGUGAAGAUGAUUUUGUUGUGGAGUUUCUAGGGGAGGUGUAUCCUGUGUGGAAGUGGUUUGAGAAACAGGAUGGGAUUCGAUCUCUGCAGAAAAAUAGUAAUGAUCCAGCGCCAGAAUUCUAUAACAUCUACCUGGAAAGGCCAAAGGGUGAUGCUGAUGGGUAUGACUUGGUUGUUGUUGAUGCCAUGCAUAAGGCUAACUAUGCCAGUCGGAUAUGUCAUUCAUGCCGACCUAAUUGUGAAGCAAAAGUUACUGCUGUUGAUGGUCGUUAUCAAAUUGGUAUUUAUAGUGUUCGUAAAAUUCAACAUGGUGAGGAGAUCACUUUUGAUUAUAAUUCUGUUACAGAGAGCAAGGAGGAAUAUGAAGCUUCAGUUUGCUUGUGUGGUAGCCAAGUUUGCCGUGGGAGCUAUCUAAAUCUGACUGGCGAAGGAGCUUUUGAAAAGGUACUGAAGGAGUGGCAUGGAAUUCUUGAUCGUUAUUAUUUGAUGCUAGAAGCUUGUGAAUUAAACUGUGUAUCUGAAGAGGACUAUAAUGACUUGGGAAGAGCUGGUUUAGGCAGUUGUUUGCUUGGAGGCCUGCCAGAUUGGCUUGUUGCCUAUGCAGCUCGCCUUGUGAGAUUUAUCAAUUUUGAAAGAACGAAACUUCCUGAGGAAAUUUUAAAGCACAAUCUUGAAGAGAAAAGAAAAUAUUUUUCAGAUAUCUGUCUUGAAGUUGAAAGGAGUGAUGCAGAGGUUCAGGCUGAAGGUGUAUACAAUCAGAGGCUUCAAAAUCUUGCUGUCACUCUUGAUAAGGUAAGGUAUGUUAUGAGAUGUAUUUUUGGCGAUCCACUGAAAGCUCCACCUCCUCUUGAGAAGCUCAGUCCUGAAGCAGUUGUUUCCUUCCUCUGGAAAGGAGAGGAUUCAUUUGUUGAAGAGCUUCUUCAGUGCCUGGCCACUCAUGUUGAAGAGUCUACUUUGAAUGAUCUCAAGUCCAAAAUUAAUGCUCGUGAUCAUUCAAGCCCUGGAGAUAUUCAAAAGGAGGUUCAAAAAUCUCUUUUGUGGUUGAGAGACGAGGUUCGAAAUCUUCCUUGUACAUACAAAAGUCGGCAUGAUGCUGCUGCUGACUUAAUUCAUAUUUAUGCUUAUACCAAGUACUUAUGACUUUAGAAUAAGGGAUUAUCAAACUAUUACUUCACCACCUGUCUAUAUUAGUCCACUUGACUUAGGUCCUAAGUAUGCUGACAAAUUGGGAGCAGAGUUUCAGGAGUAUCGAAAGAUAUAUGGUGAAAAUUAUUGUUUAGGGCAACUGAUUUUUUGGCAUAAUCAGAGUAAUGCAGAGCCAGAUUGUACUCUGGCUAGAGUAAGCAGGGGUUGCUUGUCAUUACCAGACAUCAGUUCCUUUUAUGCCAAAGCUCAGAAGCCUUCAAGGCAUCGUGUUUAUGGUCCAAGGACUGUGAGAUCUAUGCUGUCAAGAAUGGAGAAGCAGCCCCAGAGACCUUGGCCCAAAGAUCGGAUAUGGUCAUUCAAAAGUUGUCCGAAAUUUUUUGGCAGUCCAAUGUUAGACUCUGUAAUUAAGAACUCUCCACUUGACAGGGAGAUGGUUCAGUGGUUGAAGCACAGACCUGCGAUAUUCCAGGCCAUGUGGGACCAAUGAAUUUUUGCGUGAAACCCUUGUUAGAGAUUAGGGAGUGCUUCAUCAUUCAGAAGUCAGAACUGCCUGCCUCUUUUAGCGUGGGGAGUCUAAUUAUUAAUCCAUCAUAAUUUCUUCUUUCGCUUUCUCCUUCAUUCUUCUGUACAGUUUUCUUUACCUUUGAUUUGUAACUCAUUUCGUUGUAGGGCAUUAUUUUACUCUUUCUAAUGUGAAAUGAAAUUAAGAAAAAAAAAAGGUUUAAUUCAAGGCAUUGCUGUCUUCUCCUCUUGUCUGUUAAUUGACUUGAGUCAAUCCUAUGUUGAAAUGUGGAGUUCUUAAUGUUU